AUGGAGAGACCAGUUCAAGAGAAUAGUUCAAGUGCGACAAUAACAGAAACAGUACAACCAAUACUUAGACUACGUGUUUCUAAUAACAAUAUAGCCAGACAAAGAUCAGAAGUAUCUUGGGAUGAAGAGGUUGUGGAUAAUGAAAAUAUGAAUAGAAAGAAAACCAAAAUAUGUUGUAUAUUCCAUCCCCAGAGAGAAUUUGGUGAGAGUAGCAGUAGUAGUAGUGAUAGUAGUAGUGAUUCAUCGAGUGAUCCUUCGGAUUAUUCUGAUUUUGAAGGUGGUGAUUUCAAUCCUCAAUUCAAUAAUAAUAAUGAUAAUAAGGAUCGCAAUGCUGAUGAUGUUGAUAGAAAUAAGGAUGAAAAAGAACUAACACCGGAUUCACAGGAAAAUGAGGAAUGCUGUGAUCAUCAUCAUCACCAUCAUCAUCAUUCAAAGAAAAUUAAGAAGAAGAUAAAGAAUAGAUCAAAACCAAAUGCAUACGAGGUACAACCUCAAUAUAAAAAUAGAUCAGUGGUUCCCGAAGAUCUCAAGCAGCCAGACCAGCAGCCCGACCAACAACCCGUGGAACAAUCACAGUCGUCGCAUCAUCAGAAACUAGUACAUCCACUACAGCAAGUUCAAUACAAUUCUAAUUGUUGA